AUGGCUCCAGACCUGUCGCUUGCGGCGCUGCGGCGCCGCCUGACGCCAGGCCCCGGCGAGGUGCCGUCUUUGACGCCCACCCAGCUGCUGAGGGAGCUGCACCCGCGCCUGGCAGGCGCGUGUGGCGUCUUCAUCCACCUGGAGCCCCUCGAGGCGCUGCUGGAACGCUGCGCUGCCCUCGAGGCGCAGCCGCGCGCCGAGCGCGGGCCAAUGUGGGGCGUGCCUUUUGCUGUGAAGGACAACGUAGACGUCGCAGGGCUUCCCACCACCGCCGCCUGCCCAGCUUUCAGCUACACCCCAAAGGCCAGUGCGCCCGCAGUGGACGCCCUGCUCGCAGCGGGUGGGAUCAACGUGGGCAAGACCAACCUCGACCAGUUUGCAUCGGGCCUCGUGGGCACUCGCACACCCUACGGUGUCGCCCCCAAUGCUUUCGACAGCCGCUUCAUCCCGGGGGGCUCCUCUUCUGGGUCAGCAGCCGCUGUGGGGGCGCGGCUGGUCACGUUUGCGCUGGGCACCGACACUGCGGGCUCUGGCCGUGUGCCAGCAGGGUACAACGGCAUUGUGGGCAUCAAGCCCACCGUGGGCAGCGUCAGCAGCGUGGGUGUGGUCCCUGCCUGCGCCACGCUGGACUGCCUCACGGUGUUUGCCGGCAGUGUGGAGGACGCGGCCGAGGUGGCGGCCAUCAUGCGGUCAGCUGACGCAGGGGCGCAGGACGUGAGGCGCCGCACGCCCGCACCCAUCCGCCCGCCGCCCGCAUCCAAGGCGCCGUUCCGCUUCGCGGUCCCCAGCGCUGAAUUCUUGGAGUGGGACGGAGCAGCUGGCCCUGACAUGGCUGCGGCCAGCGCAAAAGAGUUUGAGGCGGCUGUAGCGCGGCUUCAGUCUGUCGGUGGCACCCUGGUGGAGGUGGACUUCUCUCCCUUUGCUGAGGUGGCGGCCAUGCUCUACCAGUCUAGCUUUGUGGCGGAGCGCUACAGCGGGGUUCGCACAUUCCUGGACCAGGGCCAGCCAGGCCUGGAGGCGGCGGCAAGUGGAGGCGGCGGGCCGGCGGGGGCGCUGGCGCAGCAGAGCGCCCUCAACGGCGACGAUCGGCUGCUGUCUGUCACACGCGCCAUCAUCUCCGGCUCGGGCAAGUUCACGGCAGCGGACGUGUUUGAUGACAUCGCUCGCAUGGCGGUGCUACGCGCCCGCGCACGCGUGCAGCUGGACCGUUUCGAUCUGCUGAUGGUGCCGACGGCGCUUGAGCCCUACCUAGUCGCCGAGGUACAGGCAGAGGAGAGCGCGACUCCGCCAAUAUGGCCCAAGAAUGCAAAAAACGGGCGCUUCACAAACUUUGUCAACCUUCUGGACAUGGCCGGCAUUGCCAUACCCUCGGGGCUGUUGCGCGUGGACUACAGCGCAGGGCCCAGCGCUGCCACGCACCGUGCGCAGCUGCUUGCAGCAGCUGGCGGGCCGCUCCAGGUGGUCAUGCCGUUUGGCGUGACGCUGCUAGUGCCGGCGUGGCACGAUGACUGGGUGUGGGGCAUAGCGGCUGAGAUGGUGGCAAGGACGGGCUUGGGCUGUGGGCCCGAGGGCCACGGCGUGCAGCCGGUGCAGCUCUGA